CAUUUUACACCCACUUGUUAAUACGUACUUGAUACUCCCUAAUUUUUCAGAUUUUCACCCUAAAGUAAUUCAUUAAAAUUGAAUGGAUCAUUAACCCCAUAUUGAUCUACAAGCUCAACCUCUCAAUAAAUAUAAUUUCCGAAUCAACAUAGUGAUGGCGGGAAGUGGAACCGAGAAAGAAGAAGAGCUGGAGCUGGAGCUGGAGCUGCACGAUUCCCAAGAUCAGUUCGUUUGGGAUGAAACUUCUCACCUUUAUUACCAUGCUCGCACUGGAUUUUAUCAUGACCCUCAAGCAGGCUGGUAUUAUAGCUGUAAUGAUGGCCUUUAUUACAAGUUCGAAAGUGAUACUUAUGUUCCGAUAGAGUCCUCCAAGGAUGGUUAUGGGGAAAUGAAUAGUUGUGAGAGCAUUGCACCUACGGGGUGUAACAAAGAUGAGGUAGAUGCAGACAUCAAUAUGUUAGGUGAAAAUGUGAGUCAAGCAGUGGAACCACUUUCGACUGAGUUCUCUGAAGAACACUUGGAGGAUACGAGUUGCAAGCUUCCAGAAAACCCACCACCGCCUUCAGAGUGGCUCGAAGAUACUCUCAUUGAACUUUAUCUGGCAAAUUAUACCACUCAAGCUGCCAAAUCAGACUUAACAGUGGCUCCAGAAAUAAAUGACACAGAUCACACACAUUCAUCAGCAGCUGGGAAUGACAGCACAUAUGAACUCGAGGAAGGUGAAUGGAUACCAGAUGACUGGACAGAUUCUGCUGAUCCAGUUGCAGAUGUCAUGGAUGAAGGCAUUUGUUUGGAGGAAGAGAACUGGCUAGCCCAGUAUGGUCAAGUUGAACGACCAGUUGAUGAUUCUCUGUCACAUAUUCGGGCUGUUGAUUUGUGGGAUUGGUCAAUGGUUAAAAAGAUCAGAAAAGGUCGAAAAAGAAGGGUGACAAGGCUGGUAGGACGACUGGUGAAGCCCACUGCUAAGCUGCAUCCAUCAAUGCCCUCGAGUGGCCAUCUACUUAAAACUGCUCCAGUAUGUGAAGUCCAUCUUGAUCUGGUACGAGUUACAUCAGGUCAGGUGUACAGGUUGAGAAAUCCUAGCACAAAAUACUUGGCUUCUUUGUCAAAUUAUGAUUCUUCCGAUCCAACGAAAAAUUGGCGCUUUCCGCAAAUGUCAAUCAACAAAGAAAUCCAGACAUGCUCACCAGUCGCUGAAAGAUCUAAACCCAUAAGCACAACACUUCCUGUUGAGGAGGCUGUAUCUCUGCCAUCGGAGAUCAGUGUGCCUGAUAGGGACAGAGACUGUCUGUACAGGGACAGAGCUGCAGAAAGAAGAGCAUUGCACGGCGGGUUUGGUGUUGGUCCAGGACAAAAAGUUUCACCCAACUCUGAUGAUUCUGUUCCAUUGGAGGCAUCUGCUGGCCCAGAGGAAGCUCUUUCUGAAUCCUUGAACAAUUCAUUUGGAGCUGGUAGCUAUGCUAGAAGAAUGUUGAAAAACAUGGGCUGGAAGGAGGGAGAGGCACUUGGAUGCAGCAACAAGGGAUUGAUUGAACCAUUACAGGCUACAGGAAACAAAGGUUCUGCCGGACUGGGUUGGAAUGAUGAACGAAGAAAGCAGUCCAUGUACAGUUCUAAAUGAACGAGGGAUGUAGUUCCUUUAUUGGCAGCCUGAUAGAAUGUAAUAAUCUAGCUUCAGUUGUCUGCUCAAUCAGCUUAGUUUACUAUUUGUUGCCUUUUCCCGGUCACAUAUCUGCUUCGGACUUAUUUUAAAGAACACCAUAUGGUUAAAGGAUAGAUCUCAUAUGAAGAGUUGCAGCAGAAACAAUUAGAAAAGAAACUGUCCCAAAAUAGUUGUCCCAGUUUUGAUUUUGGUUUGUACGACGACAUGCCUUUUUUAAAAUGGGAAAUUACUCUUUACACUA